AACAACGCCAUACGGCGCUGUUUUGACACUUGUCAGCGCGUCACAUCGCGUCAAGGCUCACGCGCAUCGCAUCACGUCAGCACGAAUCACGAACCGCGGACGGGCACGUGGCAAGCUCUCAUUCCACGCGAAGCGAUUGGUCAUUCGGGUAAGGUGACGCACGCGCUUACGCGCCAUUUCCCAAUUAUAGCGAACCACUAACAAAAGUGGCGCUGCCACACGCAGGAACUACAUAUUUAUACAUGUCAUAAAGAUAUCGGGUGCAUGUACCACAGCUGAAGUCCGUCGCUAACGCCUAAUCAGUCCUAUUCAUAUCUCCCGUGUGCUUGAUACUAUAUGCGCCCGCCCGCUUGGACUUUCGUGGCCACGGCAGGCACCGACCACAUCACACUGGUAUCUUGAUUAGACACGCAUUGCGAAUUGUGGACUGUUCGGUUGACGACGUUUUGCCGCAUCGGCCUCCUCACUUCCCCGUGACGCUCUGGCAGAGUGUUUUAAGGGUCUGCUGGAGUAAGUUGCGUGGCUUUCACGAUGACUGGACUGACGAGGAAUUUCAGGGGAAGCAGGGGAAGUCCUGUCAGCGCUGACGACUCUUCGUCGACCAGUGGCGAGGUCGGGGUCCGCCGUCUGUCCAUCAUCUCCGAGAACAUCGUGCGGCUCAACAGGUUCCUGGCCCUUCUUACGCUCCGCCUGGGAUCCGUGCAAGGACGUCAUCUUUCGCCCGAAGGAUCUACCAGGCGUUCCUGUUGCGAGAAGCACCGGGACUGGUUGCAAAAAGGCGACAACAGACUCUGUCACGUGACUGAGUCGUCGGGAACACUGCUGCUGAGGACGUCAAGAGCCGGUCGCGACGAAACUACAUGCUGUCCGGCAAUACGUUCACCUCGAAGAAUCGAACCAACUUAUUCCAUGACUCUCUUACUCCGAGAACACAUCAGUACUGGAACCUCCUUCCUGCAUCCAUCGCCACCUUUCUGGACACCACGAACUUCAAGGCAGCCUUGCAUAACAUAGUUUCUUAUUUUUGUUUUAUUCCUAAUUCCACUGCUUUAGCUAGGGAUUCGAGUCCUAACGGCUGUGAAAUAAAUCAGUGAAUAAAUAAACAUAAAUUUCUGAAACCUAGUCUUUUGCAACGCAACCUCAUUAGCGUAAUGGGCCGACACGUUGGGCCUAUUGAUGGUUCAUCUUUGAUUCCCUGGCAGUAUGAGAUGAUUGCACUUAGGAAAGAAGUGAAAUCAGCGUCUGGACAAAAAAUUGUAUUGGUUUUGUUUUUGCUAACCCGUCCGCGCAAUCACGUGCUUUGGAGUUACUGGCAGAUGCUGCUUUGGAAUGUAGAAUACUAACAUUUCACGUAGAUGAAUAUGUGCCACGAUGACUGUAGUGACCCUAACCUUGUGUUUUCUACAAUAAAAGUACAUCGAUAUAUGUACAGUCUGUCUCACAUUUAGGGGAAAACUGCAAGGCGCUCCGAGUUUUCCCCUAAGUGUGACACAGACUGUACCUACAUAUUCAUUAAAUAGUGUUGCUUUUGAAACAAUGUGCGGAAACAACCAGCAAUAAAGAAAUUACUUUCUUUUUGAUUUUGUAGAACACCCAGAACCUGCAAUAAAAUUGCAUUCU